AUGGGGCCGACAAACGAUAUCACAGCUCGGGUUGAUAGUGUUGAUGAGGACCCCACGGAGAAGAGCAAUUCAGAGCUCAAUAAACGACUUUUAGCAGUUGAAUGGCACGAAGAUGAAGAGAAACAGAUCCUAAGGCGAUUGGAUUUCUAUCUGAUUCCUUUGGUCAUGAUUAUGUUCUUCACUUUGAACUUGGAUAGAGGCAAUAUUUCAAAUGCUCUGACAGAUAAUAUGAUGAAGGAUCUUUCCAUGAAUCAAGAAAUCGUCAAUACAGGAAAUAGUCUUGUCUACGUCGGUAUAUGCAUUGGAGACAUUCCCGCAAAUCUGAUGAUUCAAAAGGUUGGUGCCGAUAUCUGGCUGCCAUGUCAACUUCUCGCCUGGGGUCUCGUAGCUACUUUCCAAGCUUUUAUCAAGAACAAAUCUGGUUUCCUAGCAACACGUUUCUUGCUUGGUCUAUGUGAAUCUGGAUUUAUUCCCGGCACGUUAUGGUAUCUCACCAAAUGGUAUACCAAACGUGAAUUGGGAAAGAGAACAGUUCUAUUCUUCAUUGGUAGCUACACGGCGAAUCUGCUCAAUGGUCUCAUUGCAUACGAUGGACUCGCCACUCUCACCGUAGGAAUCGCAACACUUUUUCUCCUACCCCGUGAUCCCAGCCGCGGAAACUCCAUUAUCAAACCUCCCCUCUCAUCCUUCACCCCUCGCGAAUCCGAAAUUCUCCUAGGACGACUCGUACGCGAUAAUCCAUACAAUACCGAUCCUCGGGAUUCUCAUCUCUCUCAAUUCCAAAUCGUGGUUUCCGUUCUUACCGAUUGGAAAGUUUGGGCGCAUUGUUCGAUGGCGUUGCUCGGAUUGGAAUAUUCUCCUCCCAUUGGAACAUAUUCCCCAUCCAUCAUUAAAAGUUUUGGAUUCGGAACUUUCAAUUCGAAUUUGUUGGUUAUGCCGAAUAGUGCUCUCCUGAUCAUCACUACAUUUACGCUAUCGUGGUGGAGUGAUAAAGUGAAUUCAAGAAGUAUACCGAUCAUGUUUGCUGCAGUAUGGCUACUUAUCGGUUUGAUCGUUCUCGAUACACUCCCCCACACAAAAAGCAACUGGACCUUCUACGCCUUCCUCGUCUUCACCGGCGGCUCUCCCUCCUGGCACCCCCUCAACGUCGCCUGGCUCAACGCAAACCAACCUACCCCUCGACGACGCGCCAUCGCCGUCGCGCUCUACAUGGCGAUGACGAAUCUGAGCGCCGUGCCUGCGAGUCAUAUUUUCCAGGCGAGUGAUAAGCCGUAUUAUCAUAAUGGGUUUAAGUUGCUGUUUAUUAUGGCGGCUAUGGCGAUUAGUGUUAUGGUGGCGAUGAGGUUUGCGUAUCUGUGGUUGAAUAGGAGGAUUGAGGAGGGGAAGGGGACGGUAGAGGGAGGAGAGGUGGAUAGAGGGUUUAGGUAUCAGUUGUGAGGGUUGAGUUGGGGAUUUGGUGGGUGAGAGAGAGGGUCGUGAUGAUUGAAUGGAAUGAGGAUAUAGA